AUGUCGUUUGCGGCAUUUCCUGCUCCUCCAUCGGAUGAUGUCCAGCUUGAUACGCAGCUAUACACAAUGAUUGAGCUGGAGGGUAACCGCUACCGCGCAUUUUUUGCCAAAUUGGGUGGUAGUACUAGUGCAGUAAUUUCACGUGAUGCUGCUCUCGAAUUCUUCCGAAAAUCUAGUCUUAGUGAGGAGCAGGUUCAGGAGUUGUAUACCCGUCUCAAGGAGCAACAUUUACUACGGGACUUUGAUCAGAUGAACGAGACUGAAUUUGUCAUGGGUAUGCACUUGAUCGUUUGUAUCACAAAGCGCAAUUUGGUUAAGAUUCCGCCUAAGUUUCCGGGAUACCUGUUCCCGACAUUACAUUUGACACCCGAGAUGCCGCCCAUUUCUGGCUUUCCAGAAUCUUCUGAUAGCCCACAAUCUAUUGGUAAUACACCGCUUAUGUCUUUUCCAUCCUCUACGGGGUUGAUGGGCUCUAAUAGCCAGUCUGCUAUACUGAUGCCCACGUCAGCAGAACCCUUGGAAGCAUCGUUAGUAGACGCCAAGUCUCUGAGUGAGUUGAUGAGCAUUGUGAUCCGUAGUAAACAACGUGAAUAUGAAUCACUAUCAGAAGUAGAUCAGUCUGAAACGAGGGCGCUACAGAGCUUACAGGCAUGUCUGGAACGAAUUGCGAAUCAAGUGGACGGUUUGGGAUUCCCUGUUCCUAGCUCUGCGAGGUCGUUGGAUUCGAUGGAUGAUUUUAAAAAUUUAUUGCAGAAACAUGUGCAUUCAGCCAAACAAGAGAUUCAAACUAUGCAGAUUGAUGCACAGAUGAGAAGUGUUGCAUCGGAGGUGGCACAGGAUGGAGGCUCUGACUCCCAUUUUAGUGUUGCAAGCCGCUUGACGCAGGAACUUUUAAUGCUACAGCAACACACAGCACAACUCAUGGUAAAGAAAGAGAAUGUUAUCAAACGGCUUGUGGCCGUCAGGAGGGGUGGAACUUUUGCUGAAAGUGUCAAGCAAUUGGAUGAUUCGAAUUCUGGAGACAAGAUAUCGAAGAAUGCCGCAUUCGCCCUUUCAAAAGGUGUAUUAACAGUGGGAGAAUUAGGAACAGAAGCGACAGCAAAGGAUAUGGAAAAACCUCCAGUAAAGCAAGUACAGAACAAUGUUUCUAGCGAGGAGUGGGAUUCAUUUGGUGCCGCCCAAUCCUUUGAUCCGCGUCAGUCUGCUGCAGAAGAUCCGUUUGCUUUCGGAUCGGCAGUGCCCACUACUGUUACUGACAUGGCUAUUAAGUCUAUGGCAAAGUCGUCCGAUAGCGACUUUGCUUGGGGGGGAUUGUAG